AUGGACGGAUACAGUCAAAGGCUAAAAGGCUACAGCCCGAGGGCCGGCGGCUCGAAGCACAGGCCGACGGAGGGCUUCCGGAAGCUGAACUUCCUGCUGAACCAGCACCCUUCGCCGCCGGAGACCUUCGCGAAUCUGCUGCUGCUCUACUGCAAGUACGGCUACUACGACCUGGCCGCGGACAUCUUGGCGGAGAACGCCGACCUGACGUACAAGUGCAUGGACCCGCAGGACUACGACUUCCUCGACGCCCUCAUCCUCGCACAGUCGUCCCCCGAGGAGGCCUACCGCCGCUUCGACGAGCUGUCCGCCAAGCACAUCGAGGCGCUCCGGCGGGGCACCAAGAACAUCCAGGACGCGCGCAGGCAGCGGGACCAGGCCGCGGUGAAGAAGUACCUCAACGAGUUCGACGAGGCGCUGGCGAAGUACAUCCCCGUGCUCAUGGGCCAGGCGAAGAUCUAUUGGGACAUGGAGCACUACUCCAUGGUAGAGAAGAUAUUCCGCCAGUCUGCAGAAUUCUGCAGUGAGGAUGAGUCAUGGAAGCUCAACGUAGCGCACAUCUUUUUCAUGCAGGAAAAGUUCAAGGAAUGCAUCCGUUACUACGAGCCUUUCGUGCGCAAGCACCAGACGAACCUGUUGGGCGUGACCGCCAUCGUCCUCGCCAACCUCUGCGUCGCCUACGUGAUGACGUCCGCGAACGAAGAGGCAGAGGACCUCAUGCGCCUGGUGGAGAAGGAGGAGGAGAAGGUUGCCGACCCCGCCAAGCCCGUCUACCACCUGUGCAUCAUCAACCUUGUCAUUGGCACCCUGUACUGCGCCAAGGGCAAUUUCGAGUUCGGCAUCAGCCGCAUCAUCAAGUCCCUGGAGCCUUACGACCGCAAGAUCGGCGUUGACACCUGGUACUACGCCAAGCGUUGCUUCCUUGCGCUCGGCGAGACGCUGGGAAAGAACAUGCUGCUGCUGAAGGAUGAGGCCUUCGACGACAUCAUCAACUUCUUCGACGAAGCGACGACGGUCGGGAAGAACAUCCCCACCACGAUCUCCCCGAUCGACGGGCACGGCGAGCAGAAAAGGACCGUCGCGCAGGAGGCCCGGCUGCUGAAGCGUUUCUUCCUGAAG